GUAAUAAAUUUCGUCAAAAACUUUAAAGUUGCAACAGAUUACUGAUCUUCUUACCACUGUUACGGACUUACUAAGCUUCAACGUGAUCGUCUCAUCAUGGCAAGGAAUAGAGCAAGCGUUAUUUUCCGACAGCUAUUUGACUUGGAGUCAUUUACCUACACUUACUUACUGGGAUGUCCUAAGACUAGGGUGGCCGUUCUCAUUGACCCUGUCGACACCCAGGUUGAGAGAGACAUAAGAGUAACAAAAGAAUUGGACCUUAAACUUAUUUACGCAAUGAAUACACAUGUCCAUGCUGAUCAUGUGACAGGAACAGGGAUUCUUAAAAAUCUCACUGGCUGCAAAAGUGUGAUCUCUAAAAUCAGUGGAGCUAUGGCUGAUGUGUUUGUUAAUAAUGGUGACCAAAUCAACUUUGGAGAUCAGGUACUCGAGGUGCGCUCCACUCCAGGGCACACAAAUGGUUGUGUGACGUAUGUGGAUCAUACUGGUAGGAUGGCAUUUACUGGUGAUGCCCUUCUGAUAAGAGCUUGUGGAAGAACUGAUUUUCAAGAAGGGAAUCCUGAGACACUGUAUGACUCUGUAAGGAAUCAGAUCCUCUCUUUACCAGAGGACUACAUGUUGUAUCCAGCUCAUGACUAUAAUGGUGUGACAACUACAACUGUUGGAGAGGAGCUAAAGUAUAACCCACGCUUAACCAAAUCUAAGAAAGAGUUUAUGGAAAUCAUGGAACAAUUGGGAUUAACAAGGCCAGCUAGGAUGGAUGAAGCUGUACCUUUAAAUGUCAUGUGUGGCCCAAGCCAACUGGGUGAGUCACGGCAAAGGAUGGACAAGUGACAUUUGAAAACUGUCAUUGGCCAGAACGGUAACCGGUCAAGUCGCCCGAGAGUCAUCUCGCCCGAAGUCAUGUCGCCCGAAACCUGAGUCAUGUUGCCCGAAAUUUUUGUA